CGUGUUUUGGGUUGUUGUGUUUAGAAUUCCCCAUCUCAAAGCAUUCAUUAGCGACACGCGUAUCAGCAACCGAUCGACAGUGGGUGGAACGGGCGGAGUGCCGUUUGUAGUGGUUUUUUGUAAAACCUGAAUCGAAUCUAGUGACCGGUUCGUGGUGAAUUGUGCGCGAUAGACGAACCGGAUUGAAUCAGUAGUGCAACACGACGGCCGACUGUGUGUGGAAGGCGGAAGAAGCAUCCCCUGAUAGAGGUGCGAUAGUCAUCGGUACCAACGGGACGGCCAACGCUCGUUCGUGAAGCAACACCAUGAGCCACACUGAUAACGGCUGGAACGUAAAAAUCUACGUCGUAACAUGGAACGUCAGCACCAAGUUUCCGGAAAACAUUUCCCUUAACAAACUACUCGGCUUAGAGACGCGUCCAGAGCAGGACACCCAUCUGCCGGAUUUCUUUGUCAUCGGGCUCCAGGAGGUGAAUGCGCAGCCACAAAACACACUCUUCAACCUGUUCAAGGAUGAUUUGUGGACGCAAAAGUUCAAGGAUCUCCUGAAGGAGCGCGACUAUGUGGUCAUCAAGACGGAACAGAUGCAGGGUUUGCUGCUGUCGGUGUUCGCCCGCCGGAAACAUCUGCUGCAUCUCCGGCAGGUUGAGACAGAGUACACGCGGACCGGUCUCGGUGGAAUUUGGGGAAACAAAGGUGCGGUCAGCAUUCGAAUGAACGUUUACGGGAGCUCCAUCUGUCUGGUGAAUGCUCAUUUGGCGGCUCACGACCACAUGCUGGAGGAGCGAAUAAACGACUACGAGCGCAUCGUGCAGGAGCAAAAGUUUCACGUAAAGGCCAAGGAAGCCAUCUUCGAUCAUGACUACGUGUUCUGGUUCGGCGAUCUAAACUUCCGGUUGACCGGUGAAGCGACGACGUCGGCCGACGAAAUUCGGACCAUGGUGGCACGCGACGAGCUGAAGCAGCUGAUCGAGAAGGACCAGCUGCUGCUAGUUCGCCGUGAGGGUCGUGCGUUCCAGAAGCUACAGGAACGGCUGCCACAGUUUCCGCCAACGUUCAAGUUCGAGCACGGCACCAACGAUUAUGACAUGAAACGAAGACCCGCCUGGACGGAUCGGAUAUUGUACGCGGUGAACGAAACCAACUAUCGUAACGUGCGGCUCACGGUGGAGCAGACGUCCUACAAGAGCCAUCCGAGCUACAGUAUUAGCGACCAUAAGCCAGUUACCAGCGAGUUUACACUGAAGUGUACGCUUGCGCUUAGUAGCGAUGAGAAUGGGAAUGCGUAUCCUGUGGCUGGAACGCGGCACAAGGUGAUAAGGCGCAAGAAACGACGAUUCGCCGCGGUGUCGGCGAUCAGCAGGACAGCGCCGCCGGUGGCUUUGGUGGACACCGAAGGGGCCUCUAGGGGCGAUGCAAGGGUUCAACGGAAGUCCCAGUACAAUUCUGAGCAGUUCCGAAAGCAUUACAACAAGCGGCUAAGCUACAAGAUGGCAAUGGCUAACAAUUCUGACGUUCAUUCUUUCGACGAUAUCGUUGCGGAUCUGGUCGACGAUGGUGCCCAGGUGUACGAGGAUGCGUCCGAGCGAACGAUCACCUUCAAACCGAUCGAGCUGUGGCAUAUCGGCGAACCGAACACGAUCGAGUACGUCAUCCCGGCCGGGUUCGAUGAGAGUAACGCCGACUGGAUCGGAAUCUAUCGGGAAAACUUUACUAGUCUGAACGAGUACCUGGCGUACGAGUACACGGAAACGUACAAGGAUAAGCAGCAUCAGCUGAACGAGCAGCAAGUGCAGCACCUUCACAACACGCGCACGGUGGAGCUAACGUUCUCGGAGAACGUUAGCCUUCCGCUCGGCGAACAGUACCAGUUGCUGUACUUCCAGAGCACGGGAACACGGGGCGUUACCGGACUGGUCGGUAUCAGUAGCCCGUUCGCGGUCGAGAAACGGUGCCCUUCGCCCUCGUUCGACGAUAUCGAUUGAUCGUGGCCGAAACGCUACUAGGAUAGUCCGGGCCAUCACCACCGCCACCGCCAAAACUAACAGCCAAAGCCCGUGUUGUGGCUUCCGGGUGGUAGGCUACGCCACACUCCUUCCAAAGAAUGCCGUUGCGGGGACCUGAAAGUGUGUUCGACGCCGCCGGUCGUUCCGCUUCGCUUUUUCCUGCAGCCGACGCAAACACGAGAUGCGCAGAAAUGUUCUCUCAACAACCCUUUUGCUUCCUCCGGCGAGAGUAACAUGGGAAGACAAAUCAUCGGUUUGUGAUACGUGGUCAAUCACUAGCACUAGCGUUGCCCAAGUGGGUGUUUCAUUAGUUACGAAUACAAUCACCAGUUUCUAGACGGCGCCACAAAAGUUCCGGAUGUCUGAAUGUGCACUUCAUAGGAGAGGCCUUAUAGCUGGUAGCUUAUAGUGCAAUAGACACGCAUGUUAACACACGCAGUGCAGUUCCAUUGUUUUUGUUAUCGUUGUUGUUUUUAUUUUACCAUUGAGUUGUAUGUAAAGUAAAUGAUGCCGUGUGCUCUGGUAGUACUGCUAGCGAGACAGGAAAUGCGACCUGUGCGAAGUCCGUGGCUUAUUUUAUAAAACUCGUGUUAUUUUUUUAUUAAAGUAAGUACAGUUCUAGAUGGUGUGCCACCGUGGUUUACCUUUUGUUAUUUUGUACAGUGUCACAGUUUUGUUUUCAAGUUGCACCGUCGUGUACGUGUGCAGCCCGUUGUUGGUAUGCUUUCUUGUUUAUGCGAUUGUUGAACAACUUAUUUGCUUCCAGUUGGACAGACACACUCAGACACAGACACAUGAAAAUGCACGCCCGUACGACUACCACGGGUACGAUUUUAAGGCUAAGGAUAAUAGGCGGCGAUAACUACAGUGAAACUUUCUCUCCGCAAAGUUAAUCGUCGCCGCCUGCAAAGCAAUUUGACUUACAAAAUGGCCACCAUUUGGCCAGUUUACGAAAUCCUUUUAGAUCGAAACCGUUCCUAACGUGUCUAAAUGUUAUUGUUUUGUGCAUCUUGUUAACGGGACCGUGUUUUCUUCGCAUCGACGAUUGUGACCAAUAAAUGGAACCUUAAUGAAA